AUGACUUCAUCUUCUUCCCCCAUGACUACGGCUAUUAAAGCGAUGAUUGCCACCAGCACUUCACAUUCUACAGGUCUCAGCAGUCCUUGCCAAGUUAAUCCCUGUGCAGGUGGCUCUGCAUGUGUCGAGCUGAAUGAUAUCCAUUUCUGCCUGUGUUUAGAAGGGUAUUACUAUCACUCUUCUGCGUGUUUGAGAGGAAAGACAUUCCCUGGGAAGAUUGCAGUAAAAGUAUCAGACACAAGUGGCUUGGAAGAAGAAAAUUCUCGGAACUAUCAAGUCUUGUAUACUGAAAUUGUUAACUUUUUUAGUAAUGUAUUUGACAGUUCUUAUGGGCAGACUGUAAUUCUUACUGUAAGCACAUCUGCUUCUCCAUCAGCAAGAUCUGAAAUGCGUGCCGGUGACGAGGUUGUUACUGUAACAAUAGUAAACAUUUUGACACUAAAUACAAAUAAAACCGAGGAGAGUGUGUCUGCUUUAAUUAAAAAUGCAAUUAAUGGCACAAACUUUACAGAUUAUGUUUCGCAAAAUCGGUGUGAUUAUUAUGGCUGUGAAAAGGCUGACGAUGACUGCGUCAAUGGUUUAGCAUGCGAGUGCAAAUCCGACUGGGAAAGACCUAACCCACAAGUUGCUUUCUGUUUUGCACCCAGUCCAAAAUGUCCUGAUGACUGCAACGGAGAGCACAGGCAGUGCUUGAUAAAGAAGGAAGGUGGGACCGCCGAGUGUGCGUGCGUGCCUGGCUACGAGGAAGGUCCUGAUAAGAACUGUCAACCGUGUGCAUUUGGCUACAGUGGACUCGACUGCCAAGACCAAUUUCAGCUGAUCCUCACCAUCGUGGGCACCAUCGCUGGCGUCCUCAUUCUCAGCAUGGUGAUUGCAUUGAUCGUCACAGCAAGAUCAAAGAACAAAAAGAAUAUUGAAGAACAGAACUUGAUUGAGGAAGACUUUCAAAAUCUGAGACUGCAGCAUACAGGUGUCAGCAAUCUAGGAGCAGAGGGGAACAUCUUCCCUAAAAUCAGGGUAGCGACCUCCAAGGACAGGCUGUCAUCAAAUCCCUACGCCCAGGCAUAUAUGCCUGGCCCUGACUAUUAGAAUGGUAAAAAUUUGGACCCCUCCAUGGCCCCCGACCUAACCUACAAGCUGUCAUUUUGCGUGUUCAGAAAGACUGAUGGAGAAGUGAGCCCCAGUGAAGACGUGGCCUCCGACAUCUGCAGCCUCUCCAAAUGCAAGUCAUGGAUGUUUGCAAUGAAUAUAGCUAGCUUGCUGAAUAAGUAUCUGUGAAACUGAAUGCACACAGAUGCUAUUAGCACUUGUAAGAUAGUUGAUUUUCUCCAAUCAGUUGGAAUUUUUUUUUCCUGGUCGGGCAACAAUAACCACUUCUGAUCUAGACAGAAGUUCCCCAGUACAUUCACUCCUAGGAGAAUAUUGCUCUUGAGUGGAUAGGCUACAGAUAAAUGACAUAAUUCCCUGGGGAGACUCUUAUACAUCAGCUGUGGAGGUAGCAGGGGGUGAAAAGAGACACCAUCUUUUCAGGUUCUGGGGUUCACUCUCUGACGAGUCAAAAUAAGAAUAGUACUUGUAUCCCUCCAAAUGCAGCGAUUCUGGCUGCGUUUGGAGCCAGAAAAGAGCCAUGUCCCUCAGCUUUUCCAGGAGGAGUUACUGGGAAUCCAGGAACUUUUUGAUGUUAAUUAGAAGACCUAGAUGAGAAAUGUCCACCACGGGGUGCAUUCUAGAGUUUUAAAAAUGC